AUGUUCCUGAACCGCUGCAUUCACGAGGAGCUGACAUACACGCUCUACACCACCGUCACUUUCCGCUUCACCGAACCCGGCGAUGUUGCCCGGUUCUGUUCAAUGAUCGGUCCUCGGAAUUGCUCCUCCCUCCGCAAGAUCCAGCUAGCCUUUUCGGUCACCUGCUACAUCGGAUGUUUCGGCCCUUGGGCCAUUCCCGAGAUCCUUCUUACCGGACAUAUCCACCCCAUGAACAACAAGCCGCGCCUGCUGAAGGAGUGCGGAAAAUACAAAAAAUACCGCGACAUCCCAAAGAUCUUGCGGGCAUUGCCGCUUACGGAGGUCACAGUCUGGACGACGGCGGCCACAAAGACGAAGCACUGUACGCCGUUCUACGUCGAUUAUCGGUGGAUCUUCAAGCUUGUUGCGGUGGAGCUGCCGAGCGUGAAGAACAUCUAUAUCGCGACACCAAUGUGGCAAAGGGAGCUGGAUGAAGUGAGCGACAUGCCGUGGGAAAGGUUGAUGUAA